AUGAAUCAAAAUAAAAGUUUAAAUAAUAUAAAUAUUUAUUUAAAUCAAACAGAAAUUCAUUUUUAUUUAAAUGAUGAAGAUUAUGAAACACUUCAAUUACUUGUUACUAUAAUUAGUACUGUUAGUAUUGUUGGAACAUUAUUAGGAAAUACUCUUUUAAUAUAUGUUCUAUUAAAAAAUAAAGCAUUAGAUAGAAGAAAAAAGUUUUUUUCCCAUCAAACAUUAAUAUUUCACAUGUGUGUAUCAGAUUUAUGUUAUGUAUUUUUCAGUCUAUUACCAACAUUACUUAUUUCAUUAUUUUUUGUUGAUUAUAAUUUGCCAGAAUUUUUAUGUAAAUUUCAAAAAUAUUUAUCACUUAUACCAAUGUAUGCUUCAUCUUUUCUUCUUGUUGCUACAUCUUUAGAUCGUUAUUAUGCAAUAUGUGAACCAAUAAAAAGAUUACAUUAUAAUUUUUAUAAAUCACCAAAAUUUUUUGCUUAUGCUUCUUGGAUUGGAGCAUUACUUUGUUCAAUGCCAAAUUUUUUUUUAUGGGGGAGAACUAAAACUAGUAUAUGUGAUGUUAUACCAGAAAAUAUUUGGAUAGUUAAAGGAAAUACCUUAUUUUUUAUUAUUUUUGCAUGGCUUUUACCAUGUAUUAUUGCUGCAGUUUUAUAUUAUUUUGUAUAUCGUGCUGCUUACAAAGUUAAUAGAUUAUUAUUUUCUUCACCUGAAAAUACAAAUUAUAAAAGAAAUUUACUUAUUGAUAAAAAUUCAUUUUUUAUUAAAAUAAGUAGUUUAACAAGAUCCUCUGUAAAUAAUAUUUUUUCAAAAAAAAAAAAUAAUCACAUAAAAAUUCCGCAAAAAAAAUUGGAUGGUAUCAAUAGAUUGCAAGAUGAUGCUUUUGAUAAAAAAAAAAAACAAACCAUACGAUUGACAAUGACAAUUGUAAUUGUUAGCUUUUUUAUGUAUGCACCAUUUUCAAUUUGUAAUUUUCUUGAUUUUUUAAAUGUUAAAUUAGGAGAUGGAAAAAUUGCAACGUACAUAUUAUUUUUGGGAAAUCUUAACAGUUGUACAAAUCCAAUUAUCUAUUUUUAUUUUAAUUUUAAAUAUUUAACAAGAGUUAUUCAAGAAAUUGGUAAAUGUUUAAGUAUAAAAAAUUCUCUUUAUUCAAAAGCAACUCCAAGUAUAAUUACAAAAACUUCCAAUUUUAAAACUUUUAAGGAUAACAACUCUGAUGAAACUAAAAUUAAUUGUUAA